UCCAUGACCAAACACACCAUGCAAUUAAAUCUCAUUAAUCAUGUAUCAAUCAGUGUGAACGUGGCAGAUAGAGUUGUCAACAAGUUGAUUGCUAUAGGUCACUCGAGUAACUUCUUUCUGUUUGCAAAGUCACAGACGUCUCUCCUUGUACCACAGUUUAUGUGGAAGUGCCUACAACAAUUACAAGAUGUCUUUCAGCUCAAAAAACUUCAGAAAACUCAGCAAUUUUGAAGUGAUGAUCAUCGGAUGUUUCCUCUGUCUGCUGGCUCUUUGUGUUGGUUUACUAAUCUUCGGCUGGCUUGUGAUCCGGCAACCCCAUUCCCUGGAUAUCCACAAUGUGACCAACCAGCCUUCCCAAGCCUCAAGGGGGUCCUUUAAAAUCACCCAAGGAGCCUCAUACACGACUAUGUUACAGAACAAAUCCUCAAUACAAUUCAAGGCACUUGCCUUUGAAGUCGAACACCUGGUUCAGAAGGUGUUCAUGCAUGGUGGACUCCGUAACGAAUACAAAGACUGUCAGGUCUUACAGUUCAAAAACGGGACCGUGAUUGUAUUGUUCAAUCUUUAUUUCUCUACCACUGUGUCAAACAUCAAGGUGAAGACUGAAAUGCGGACCGCCAUCGAAACUAACCAGGGAUCAUUUCUGGGAAACUUCCGAGUUGACACGGACAGCAUUCAGAUCACAGCACCAGGAGAAUGGACAACUCAACAACCACCAAGCAAGCCAAUACCAACAAACAAUGGACAGCAAAGCAGCCAGCAAGUAAGCCAAAUGUCAACGCCAGGACAUUGCCUCCCAGGAAAUAGGACAUGUGCUGAUGGUAUAACCUGUAUCGAUGAGGUCUUGUUCUGCAAUGGAGAAGCAGAUUGCCCAGACAGUUCAGAUGAAAAUGAACAUCAUUGUGCUACACCCUGCGAUGGAAAAUUUCUGCUGACUGGUACAACUGGUUCCUUUCAUUCAAAUAAUUUUUCCAAUCUGUACAACCGUAACAUUGUCUGCCGAUGGAUUAUAAGGUAUCAUAGUAUUGAGGUUGGCAUAGACCAAUCAAAAAAGGAGAGAUUUUCAAAAAAGUCUCAACCAGCGAACACUAACCAAAGGAAGUUGGAGCUGAUAAGUUAUGUUGGUAUUGAAACUUCUAAUACAUGAUGUGCGUUUGUGACCAGAGUUGAACCAGGAUUUUACAUUCAAGUGAGUUUCACUGACUUCGAAGUCAACUUAUGGACUGACUAUCUCUACCUGUACCAAGGAAUAGGAUCCCGUAAGGAAUUAAUCGCUUCACUUACAGGUUUCAAUCCUGGAUCUGUAAGGAUUUUUUCAAACGAGGCCACAGCUGAAUUCUGGGCUGAUGAAUUCCCGUCUUCUGGCUUUGGUUUCAAUGCAACGUUCACCGUGUUUAACAUUACUCUUACCAGCAAUCAGGAGAAAGUGAACUGCAGUUUUGAGAAUGGAUUUUGCUACUGGAGACAAGAUCUAACUGAUGAGGGUGAUUGGGAGAGAUCCAAUGGGCCAACGUACCCACCAUUAACUGGCCCAAAUAAUGACCACACAUAUGGGAACCAAUCAGGAUAUUACAUCACGACUCCAUUACAACCAUCUAACAAGCCAAGGAAGAUCCGACUCUUCAGCCCUAUGUUAUCUGUUGAGACUGAGCCUUCAUGUCUCGGAUUCUGGUACUACAUGUAUGGAAGACAAGUUUCUCGCUUGCGUGUUUACAUCACCAGCAACACAAAUGUGUUACAGACAGCCUUCCAGAAAGAGGGAAACUACGGCAAUCAGUGGAAUUAUGGGCAACUGACGAUAAAUGAAACCGAGAAAGUAAUGGUUGUCUUUGAAGCUGUUAAGAAUACUGGACAAUUUUCUGAAAUCGCGUUGGAUGAUAUAUCACUUACAAAUAGCAACUGUAAUGAGAGUGAAUACCCAGAGCCAACAGCUGAACCACAACCCACAACUCCAAUUCCUGGACCAACUGACUGUGGAGGACCAUUGGAACUAAGGGAACCAAACACAACCUUCAGCUCAAUAAAUUUCCCCAAAAACUAUGUGAAUAAUGCUUUUUGCACAUGGUAUUUAAUCACAGACAAGGGUAAAAAUAUCCAACUCCAUUUUGAAGACUUCGACUUGGAAAAUAUUUUUGAUGUGUUGGAGGUCAGAGAUGGGAGAGGAAAAGAUUCAUUACUGAUGGGUGUGUAUACAGGUCACCGUUCCUUGAAUGAUCUCUUCUCCACCAGAAGUGAAAUGACAGUGUUUUUCACCUCAGACAAGAGUGAAACCAGAAGCGGAUUCCAGGCAAAUUUCACAACAGGAUUUCACUUAGGACUGCCAGCUCCGUGUGCUACCACAGAUUAUCAGUGUAGAAAUGGUUCAUGUAUUUCUAUGGAUAGGUUAUGCAACGGCCAUCAAGAUUGUGAAGAUGGAUCUGAUGAAAAACAUUGUGUGCGCCUAUUGAAUGGAUCUCGUAGCAGUGAUGGGUUGGUGCAGUUCAAUUUGAAGACCGAAUGGUGCUCAAUAUGUGUAGACAAUUGGUCAGAGAACAUAUCAAAUGCCUUAUGUGUGGAGUUGGGCUUUAGAAACAUCAACAAAACAUCAUCAAUUUCUGCUGAUGGCAAUGAGCCCUCCGUAAAACUGGAUAAGAACUCGAAUGGAAGUUAUGUUUUCAUACCAAGUACAACAUGUCAUCAGAACAAAGUAGUGUACCUGAAUUGCAACAGGAAAUCAUGUGGGAAGAGUCUGCACGAACCAAAGGGUCUUGGAAAGAUAGUAGGUGGUAUGGAUGCAGCAGAAGGCACAUGGCCCUGGAUCAUUUCUCUUCAUUUUGGCUUUCGGCAUAUGUGUGGAGCCACACUACUCAGUGAUCAGUGGAUCGUUUCAGCAGCUCACUGUGUUUAUAGGAGAAACCUUGAACCCUCUCACUGGAAGGCAAUCCUGGGCCUACGCACACAGCUCAAUUUAACCUCCCCACACAUACAGAUUCAAGCAAUUGAUCGAAUCUUGAUGAAUCCUCAUUACAACAGGCGGACUAAGGACAGUGACAUUGCCUUGCUGCACUUGGUUUCUGCAGUGACUUACACGGCGUUUGUUCAGCCUAUGUGCCUCCCAGACAGGAACCAGCAGUUCUUACCAGGAAUGAAUUGUUACAUUGCUGGUUGGGGUGCCCUAUCAGAAAAUGGGCCACCAUCAAAUGUUCUGCAGGAUGCAGUGAUCCCUCUCAUAUCCAAUCAAGAAUGUCAAGAGGAGUUGCCACAGUAUAACAUUACGGGGAACAUGGUUUGUGCUGGUUAUGGAAAAGGAGGUGUGGACACAUGCCAGGGAGAUUCAGGAGGCCCUCUCAUCUGUAAGCAAGACAGUCAGUGGUACCUGGUCGGAGUUACCUCCUUUGGACAUGGAUGUGGGCUCCCUCACAGUGCAGGGGUUUAUGCACGCGUUACAACAUUUGUGGAUUGGAUAGAAGAGAUUAUUAAAUUUUACACUAUUUGAACAUACUUAAGGUUUGCCUUAAUAUUCAAAAGGUUUAGUUUUCUCUGGUAACAUUUUGUUAAGUGUAAUCGCAUGUAAUUCCCCAUGUGCUACUUUACCACAGCUCAUCAACUUUUUGUUUGCCAUAGGUAAAGCAGCACACAAAAAUCAUCCAUGCCACACAAGUGCCAGGCAAUGACCAUCUCCAACAAGAGUGAAGCUAGCCACUAGCUCCCUUCACAUUCA